AUGAUACACGGACCUUGCGGAAAUGCUUUUCGUAAUUCUACGUGUAUGAAGGAAGGAAAAUGUUCUAAAUACUUCCCUAAAGAAUCCAGACGUGAUACGAUCGUUGAUCAAGAUGGAUAUCCGGUUUAUAGACGAAGGGACAACGGACGCACAGUUUCUAAGAAUAGAAUUGAGAUUGACAACAGAUUUGUUGUUCCUUACAAUUCAAAGUUAUUGUUGAAGUACAGAGCUCAUAUUAAUAUGGAAUGGUGCAAUCAAAGCACAUCCGUCAAAUAUUUGUUCAAAUACAUCAACAAAGGAUAUGACAGAAUAACUGCUGCAAUUGUCAUGAAUGAAGAUGGAUCUGUUUCGCAACAGGACACCGUUGAUGAAAUAAAGCAGUAUAUUGACUGUAGGUACGUUUCUCCAAGUGAAGCUGCUUGGAGAAUUUAUGGUUUUUCUAUUCAUGGAAGAAAACCAGCUGUAGAAAGACUUGACUUUCACGCUGAGGGACAAAAUUUUGUUUUCUAUACUGGUGUCAGCCCUAUUACCACAGUCCUUGAUAAACCGAGCGUUACUGAGUCGAUGUUUACAUCUUGGUUUGAAGCAAACAAGAAAUACGACGAAGCGCGCCAACUAAUGUAUAGCAAUUUUGUUUCGAAGUUUGUAUACGUUAAGAAAAUGAGAGAGUGGAAACCCAGACAAAAGGGAUACACAAUUGGAAGACUAAUUUGGGUUCCUCCAACUACUGGGGAAUUGUACUAUCUCAGGAUGAUGCUAACACAUGUUAAAGGACCGAAAAGCUAUGAUGAAAUAAAGACAGUAAACAAUGUUAAGUACGAUACUUUCCGUGAUGCAUGUUUUGCUAUGGGAUUUAUUGGGGAUGAUCGAGAAUUCAUAUCUGCAAUAACAGAAGCAUUUCAUUGGGGUUCUGGACAUUAUUUGAGAUUACUUUUUGUUCACAUGUUAUUGUCAAGUAGCAUUAAUAGGCCUAAGCAUGUAUGGAGUAAAACUCGACAUCUGUUAUCUGAUGGAAUUCUUUAUUCUCAGCAAAGGAUUGCAAACAACAGAGGUCUGCGGCUAACAAAUGAAGAAAUUCUCAAUCUAACGUUGAUUGAAAUUGAAAAACUUCUUCGACGAAGUAGAAAGAGUUUAAGUGAUUUUCCUGGAAUGCCAAAACCACAUGGUUACAUAAUUGAGGAGCUUGGAAAUAGUUUAAUUUACGAAGAGAGAAACUACGAUCCUGCUAGACAACUUCAAGAGUUUAAUACGCUGUAUAAUAACCUCACAGAUGAACAAAGAGAUGUUUUAAAACAAAUCUUGACGGCUGUUGAUACCCAGAACGGAGGCGUAUUCUUUCUGUAUGGUUACGGCGGUACAAGCAAAACAUACAUGUGGAGAACAUUAGCUUCCUACAUAAGAUCAAGAAGACAGAUAUGCUUGACAGUUGCCUCUUCAGCUUUGGAUAAAACCCUCAGAGACAUCAUGGCUGGAUCCAGGUCAUCGGAUAAAAUAUUUGGUGGGAAGCAAUCUGGGACGACUACAUCAGCAUCCGAGUUAGAACGGGUUUCAAAUUGGAUAUUAAAAGUUGGAGAUGGAAAACUAGCAAAACCUAACGAUGGCUAUGCUGAUAUUGAUAUCCCAGCAGAUAUUUUGAUAUCUAAUUUUGAUGAUCCCCUUCGAGCAAUAUUCGUAAACACUUAUCCAAAUUUUGAAGCUAACUUCAAUAAUGUAGCUUUUCUGCAGUCAAGGGCAAUAUUGGCUGGAACAAUUGAGACAGUAGAUGAAAUAAAUCACUAUGUAUUAGACAAUCUUCCAGGGGACGAAAAGGAAUACUUAAGCUCUGAUUCAGUCGAUACGCAUGAUGGUGAUGGCAAUGAAUGUUUUGAUGCUUUAACUCCCGAGUUUUUGAAUGGAUUGAGAACGUCGGGACUUCCUAAUCUUAAGAUCAGAUUGAAAGUAAAUACUCCAAUCAUGCUGCUCAGGAAUAUUGAUCAAGCAGAAGGCUUAUGCAAUGGAACACGUCUAAUCGUUACAAGAUUGGCUGACCAUGUUAUUGAAGCCAAAAUAAUUUCAGGCAACAACAUCGGCUGUAAUAUUUAUAUUGCACGAAUGGACAUUACUCCAACGCAAACGCCAUGGCCAUUCAGGAUAACACGAAGACAGUUUCCUAUAACGGUCUGUUAUGCUAUGACUAUUAAUAAAUCUCAAGGUCAGUCGUUGGAUCAUGUUGGCAUGUAUUUUCCAAGGAGAGUGUUCAGCCAUGGCCAGUUGUAUGUUGCAGUUUCAAGAGUAAAGAGCAGAAAAGGCCUUAAAAUCUUGAUCCAUGAUAAGGAGAAACAUCCAUUGACCACCACAACAAAUGUGGUCUUCAAAGAAGUGUUUGAAAAUGUGUAUUCUAUAUGUGUUUGCAAUAUCUAUGGCAAUGUUGUUAUUGGUAGAGAUUUUGUGCUCGGUUGCUUAAAAUUAGGUUACAACUUAAACAAUUUAUUAACUGUCAUGAAUUAA